AUGUCGUCGGUGUAUGUGCUUGAGCCGCCGACGAAAGGGAAGGUGGUGGUGCAGACAACGGCCGGUCCGAUCGACAUCGAGCUGUGGGCCAAGGAGGCCCCCAAGGCCACGCGCAACUUCGUUCAGCUAUGCCUGGAGGGCUACUACGACGGCACCCUCUUCCACCGGGUCAUCAAGUCCUUCCUCAUCCAGGGCGGCGACCCCACCGGCUCCGGCACCGGGGGUGAGAGCAUCUAUGGGGCACCGUUCGCUGACGAGUUCCAUUCACGUUUGAGGUUUAAUCACAGGGGUUUAUUGGCAUGUGCCAAUGCUGGCACACCUCAUUCGAACGGAAGCCAGUUCUUUAUUACCCUUGACCGCUGCGAUUGGCUUGAUAAGAAGAAUACAAUUUUUGGGAAGGUCACUGGGGAUUCUAUCUUCAAUCUUCUGGCCUUGGCUGAUAUCGAGACUGAUAAGGAUGAUCGGCCUGUAUACCCACAGAAAAUUCUUUCAGUUGAGGUACUCUGGAACCCAUUUGAUGAUAUAGUUCCACGACAACUUAAGAAGAUUCAGCCUGCUCCCAAGGCUGAUGCUGAGAGGAAACCAGAGAAGAAAGCUGUUAAGCAACUUAAUGUGCUCUCGUUUGGAGAUGAAGUAGAAGAAGAGGAGAAUGAGGCAGCUUCUUUUGUGAAGGACAAAAUAAAGAGUAUCCACGAUGUGCUCGAUGACCCCCGUUUUCUUAAAGUGGAACCACAGGUUGAACAACUGUCCAAGGAGGAAGAGGAGAAGAAAAAUGAAACUGUCCUAUCUAUCAGGGAGGCUUUAAUCUCGAAGAAAGCUGAAUCCAGAGAGCCAGAGCAUGAUCCAGAAAAUGAUGAUUCUCCUGAAGAUGAGAAUGAGGAGGAUUUUGACAACAGGAUGCGUUCACGGAUUCUAAAAAAGCGUAGAGAGCUUGGGGAUAUUCGGCAGAGUCAAUCUUCCAAGAAAGAUAAAACUCAUCAGAAGGAUAAAGAAUUACCAGUGCAUAGUGGACGGCUAAAGAGUGAUGACGACGACGACGACGAUGAUCAUCAAUCAUCAAAAUCACGGAAACUGUCUUUGAAGAAAAAAGGUAUUGGCUCUGAAGCCAAUACUGAAAGGAUGUCCAGAGGAGAUGUUAAUUUGCAACUGCUAAAUCCAGCUGAACAAGAGAAACAUUUGAAAAAACAGAGAAAACGCAGCCUCCAAGGCCGUGAAGAGGAGACUUUAGCAAAGUUACAGAAGUUCAAGGCUUCCUUGAUGAGUAAUAAGCCUGCUAAUAUGGAAACAAAGGCAGAAGACAGUGAGGACUACAAAGAGUGGCAUGCCAACCGUCUCACUUUCGCACCUGAAUCUUCGAAGGAUGGUAUGACUAGGAAGGAUGAUCCAAAUGACUAUGUAGUGGUUGACCCUCUUCUGGAGAAAGGAAAACAGAAGUUUAACAAGAUGCAAGCGAAGUUAAAGAAGAGAGAUCGUGAAUGGGCUGGCAGAUCUCUCACAUGA